GGCUCGGGUUGGAACAUAAUUUUGCUGUUGUCUGCCUAGUGAAAUUUCAUGCUCGACGGCUACCGACAUGGCCUUCUGCAACUUCGUGAAGCAAGAAGUGAGUUGACACGAGAGAUCGUCAAAAUGUGCCACUGGCAGCUGCGUGUCUGGCAGUGCGGAGAUAGCUUCUUCACCAAAUAUUCCUCAUGCAGCUUCGACCGUGCAGCACACGACCUCAAUAACUUACUGAACCCGCUACAUCCGUCCGUCAUACCCCUCGGGGCGGACAAGGUAGCAGCCGAUACGAAUGAGGCUCCACGAGGUGCGAAGCGUUCGAAGAAAGGCGCUAGUCGAGGUGGUUCCAAGGCCAGCCUCAAGCGCAAGUCCAAACCCAUCCCAUCAGGCCCGGUCGUUCACGGCCCAAAAGCCCGGCCAGGCGUGGCUGUUAUCAAGGACACGCCGGCAACCAAUACCGACAUGACAACGGUCUCCAACGGCGCGAAGACGGAAGAGGUUAUCCCUAUGCUGCCUCUGUCAGAAAUCGGAAAAGCGUCUCGGUUUGGGGACAAGACGCUCGGAGAGGGCAGCAAGUGCAGUGUCUUCGAGGUGGUUUUUCAAAGCAAAGAGCAGACCGUCUGCCCAGCCUGUGCGAGGAGCCCCAAGAGAGCACGGCUACCGGCACAUGCUCGCGGAUGCUUUGGCUUGAGUUGAGUGGUGGUGGCGGUGCUACGGGCGGGACAAGCAUCGUGGCUGCAGAAUUAGGGUGAGGAUCAAACUCUGCUGCGUUGGUGCGGCCAGGGCGUCUUCAAUAGGGCUGGCGUCAGGGGCUGAUAGCUGGUAGGCCUUGGAAACAAGGCAUGAGAGGCCUUACUCUGUCAUGGCUAGUUUGGAUGCAAUCUCAUCAAUACGAGAGUCUCAUGCCUUGGGAGUGCGGAGUGCAAGGUACUGGGCGCUUGAAUACGAUCGUAGGGCGAUGUCAUAAUAGCGGAUAUGCUUUUUAGCUUGCCGCCUCCAGUGCUGACAGUCGAUAACGCGU